UAAUUCUUUAAAACAAUCUGCUGUAGAAGCAGAACUAGCUGACAAUAUUCUUCAGCCAGAAGAGAGAAGAGAAAUGCCCGCUUCUUCAAUGUCGUUCCCGAUUUUCACAGGUUCUCGUUUAAUUUCUCGCAUUUCCUUAUCGGUCCAUUUCUCUUCAAACCCUGUUUUCUUCAAUCCAUUCUUUGGUCCCAAAAGUUUGUGUUGUAAAAGAUUGAGUUACAACCCGAAGUCCCUCGUUAAAAUCUCGAUGAGUCUGGAGAAGCAAUCGAGCUCGUUAAAUGGGUACGACCAAAACACGGAGGGGAAUAGUGGGGUGCUCGACGUGAUCGCCAUUGGUAGUAGGAAAGAUGCUUUGCUCGAAUUUUGCUUGGACUCGCCUUUUCAGUCGUCUUCUUUGAGAUUUUGGACUGUUCUCAUGAAAGAAGCAUCAAAUGUGCAGUUACAACAAAGGGUCCUAGGAAAAGGUUUUAUUCUAUCUUAAACUAUUUAGUU